AAGCAGCAGAAGAAGAAGCACGAGUGGGACGGACACACACAUACGCACGCACGCACGCACGAACACACACACACACACACACACACACACAGAGGAGGAGACGCGGAAGUUAGAGAAACAAAGCCAGAAGUUGUCGUGAAGUGCGCAGAUCAACGAAACGUUCCAUCAUGGCUGCAAAAGAAGUUUAUUCCCAGACGACGAUCCCGAACCCCAAAACCUCCUGCUUCACGGUCCCUUCAGAACUUCUGCAAACGACCCGCUUCAUAUUCAAAAUUGGUGAAGUGCUCCUGUCCUUCGUGGCCUUCGUCCUGGAGGAAGUCAUCAAAAGCUGCAUCAGCUGCGGCCCGCUCUACUUCUUUGAGUUUGUCAGUUGUACAGCCUUCCUCUUCACGCUGCUGCUCCUCAUCCUCCUCUCCACCACACUGCACACCAAAGUGGGAAUCAGCUGCUGGGCCUCUCUGGACUUUGUCUACACCUCUGGCGUCUUUGUGCUGUUCCUCAUCUCCUCCAUCGUGUUUGCUUCAAACAGUGGGACGACAGUGGAGAGAGCAGCUGUGGCAUUCGGCUUCCUGGCAACAGGGAUGUUUUUGGCAGACGCCAUCUUUUUUAUCAAGACGAAUGGGUUUCCUUUAAAGAAAGACAGGAAGACGGAGAGCAACAACGGCAGCGCGGCUCCGGCUCCAGAAGAAGAGAAGCUCAGCGCUGAGUGACGAAGGGUGUCCUUCUUCAGGCUCGUGUCAUGCUGACGUUUUUAAUAAUAUCAAACCCUUAUUUUCCAUCACAUCAUAAUCUCCCAGUAAUGAACCCUUCACCUCAACAACAUGGAGACGUGAGUCAGGGUUUGUUUAACACAAACAAGUUUUCUUGCUUUUUCUAUGAAUCAUUAUUAAAUCCGGUGGAACCGCAAUGAUUAGCCGAGCAGCUAAGAGGUAAACACACACUGAGCUCUGCUGGUUCUUCGGGUUCAUGUGGACGGGUUUCGGGACUGAGUGAGCGGGUCGACACGUGAGACCACGUUGAACUUCAUGUGAUUCCAUGUUUUCCUUGAAUCUACAUCGUGUUUUAUACUGUUUUCUAUUUUUACACCUUUGCUUUGGUUAAGAAACACAAUCAGUGGAUUAGAGCUCCGUGUUUGUUCCUCACACUCGGUCUGCGGUUUUAGCUUUGUUUCAUUGAUUUUUAAGAUUCUUUUCAAUCAUUCUGUAUUUUUAAAAUCCAUGUUUUUUGAGAGUUUGUUUAAAUAUUCUGACGGUGAAGGAGAAGCUUUUUUGUAUUUUGUUGUUUAAAUCUUGGCCAUUGAUAACUUUAAUUUUACUCCUGCGUGAUAAUUGUGUUGAUUGUGGACUUUGGAUUUGGUUAAGUGAACUGAACAAAGGAAGACACACAACAUGCUCAGUUAACACCUCAAGACACACACAAUGACUUUAAAAUGAGGAAGGCAGAGGUGAUUUCAGGUGUCGCCAAAGCCCUAAUCCAGUCUUUGUUUGUCAUCGUUCUGUUGUGAUUUAAGCUUUUAUGCCCAGAAAUGAAGGUGGACUGCAAGUUAAAGAACAGGACAACCGAAACUCAACGGCACGUUGUUUCAUAUUUCCAAAUGUUUAAAAAAUAUUAUUCUCUAUUAUUGAUUAUAUAAUUACAGAUUCAUGUUCAUACACAUUUUUUCCUUUGUGUCCAAGUUCCAACUCAGGUAGAUUAAAAGUAAAAAUGAACUUUAACUGCAGCGUAAGAGAAAUUAAGUCAGACGAGCCACAAAACAACACAUAUAUGGUUAAAGAAUCAUCGAAUCCUGACUCAAUGUUUUUUUAAUUAGUAUCAGCCUUCAAUAUACCGUUCUAUUCUGAUCCGUGUAUGAAAUAUAGGAAUAGGUUUUACAAAUGAUUGCAUGAUUUAUUCUGUUGUGUAAUAAACAGAUUUUUACCUUG